GCCUAUUUCGGGUUUGUCCCCUGGGAACCCAGCUGGGCUGGGCGCGCCCGCCCCCGCGCCCUCCCCCCUUGCCUCCGCGCUAGGCCCGUCACCCCUUCUCCUCCGCCUACGGGUUCCCACAAGGGCGGCUGAGGUUUCCGGGAUCCCAGGUGCGGCCCCGAGUGCCCCGACGGACUGGACCGACCGGGAAGUAACCCUUGGCCAGCACUGGCCACCCCUGCAGCCCCAGAGUCGGAAAACUGGCCGCGAGCGUUGGUCCUCAACGUUGUGUCAGCCUUGCAUAAAAUGGUCUUUAGAGGUAUUCGAUUUCUGGGGUGAACUGUUCAAAAGAUCUGGCAGUUCUCCUUUCGGAAAGUUGACGAGAACGAGGACUUUUUUUUUUUUUUUUUUUUUUAACCUUUUUCGUGACGGGCACUCAGCCAGUGAGUGCACCGGCCAUUCCUAUAUAGGAUCCGAACCCGCGGCGGGAGCGUCGCUGCGCUCCCAGCCCCGCACUCUCCCAAGUGCGCCACCGGGUUGGCCCAGAACGAAGAUUUUUUGAAGUGUGCGUGCACGCUGGCCUCUACUCGGCGGGAGCUGCUCCCUCGGGAAUUUUUACUCUUUCCCAAUAAUGUCGUGAAGUACGUCAGGGUUGUAAUUCCUCAGCGCAGUUUAAUGUAUAUUUUGGCAAAUUGCAAGGAAAACUUGCCUUGGGAAAGUCGGAAAUGUUUGACUGAUAAGAUUUUUUUAAGCCUUAACAUAAACCUGUUUCCGCCACUUUCCCUCCUCUUCAAAAGGACUGAGAAAUUUAAGAUGGUUUCAAGUUGUUCUCGUUUGACUGUGUCCGGAUUUAGACAAGAACAUGUUCUUUUAAUAAUUACAAUGAAGUGCAGUAGAACAAAGGCCACUGAAAUUCAGAAUAAGCUUUUGGUUCAAGGGAGCAGGAAGUAAGUUCAAGGACACUAAUGUUUUCUCAAAGAUUGUUGACAUUUGAAAUUUGUUCUUACGCAAAGGUGAAUCGGGUAAGGGGAUAGCAGAUGUCAAGAAUUUUGGACAUUGACAAACAGAACUCCUCCAUUGGAAAGGAUUCUGAAGGAAAUGAAGAAAGCCUUCAGAAAUGAAUUUGACAGCUUCAUGGCUUUCUGUUAACUGGACUGGAGCUUUAUUACAACAGUUCCUUGGAAGGACACUGUGCAUGAUGUCUGCUGAGGUUAUCCAUGAGGUUGAAGAGGCACUUGACAAAGAUGAGAAGGAGAUGCUUCUUUUUCUUUGCCGGGAUGUUGCUGCAGAUGUGGUUCCACCUAAUGUCAGGGACCUUCUGGAUGUUUUGAAUGAGAGAGGUAAGCUGUCUGCUGUGGCCUUGGCUGAGCUGCUCUACAGAGUGAGGCGGUUUGACCUGCUCAAGCGGAUCUUGAAGAUGGACAAAACAGCAGUAGAGGCCCACCUGCUCAGGCACCCUCACCUUGUUUCGGACUAUAGAGUGCUGAUGACAGAGAUUGGCGAGGAUUUGGAUGAAUCUGACGUGUCUUCAUUAAUUUUCCUCAUGAGAGAUUACACAGGCCGAGGCAAGAUAGCCAAGGAUAAGAGUUUCUUGGAUCUUGUGAUUGAAUUGGAGAAACUAAAUCUGAUUGCUCCAGAUCAAUUGGAUUUAUUAGAAAAAUGCCUGAAGAACAUUCACAGAAUAGACCUGAAGACAAAAAUCCAGAAAUACAAGCAAUCUGGCUCAGGAACAAGUUACGUGAAUGCUCUCCAAGCCUCUCUCCCAAACUUGAGUCUUAAGGAUCCUUCAUAUAACUUAAGGGUCCAGAAUGGGAGAAGUAAAGAACAAAGACUUGUGCGAAAACUUGCCGUUAAAAGAGAACCAGUGAAGACAUCCAUUCAGGAAUCAGGAGCAUUUUUGUCUCAGCACAUAUCUGAAGAGAUAUACAGGAUGCAGAGCAAGCCCCUGGGAAUCUGCCUGAUAAUUGAUUGUAUUGGCAAUGACACAGAGGUUCUUCGAGACACCUUCAUUUCCUUGGGCUAUACAGUCCAAUGUUUCUUGUAUCUGAGUAUGGACAGUCUGAUCCAGAUUCUUCACCAAGUGGCCUGUAUGCCCCAACACCAAGACUACAACAGCUUUGUGUGUGUCCUGGUGAGCCGAGGAAACUCUCAGAGCAUUUUUGGUGUGGAUAAGACUCACUCAGGCUUCCCCUUGCAUCAGAUCAGGAGGAUGUUCAUGGGAGAUAAAUGCCCUUUUCUCAUAGGGAAGCCAAAGCUCUUUUUUAUUCAGAACUAUGUGGGGUCACAGGGCCAGCUGGAGGACAGCAGCCUCCUGGAGGUAGAUGGGCCCUCAGCGAACAAUGUGGAAUCCAAGGCACGGCAGCCUGGGCCCUGCACGGUUCACCGAGAAGCCGACUUCUUCUGGAGCCUGUGCACAGCGGACGUGUCCCUCCUGGAGCAGUCCCCCAGCUCACCAUCCAUGUACCUGCAGUGCCUCUCCCAGAAACUAAGGAAAGAAAGAAAUCGCCCGCUCCUGGAUCUGCACCUUGAACUCAACAGCUACAUAUAUGAUUGGAACAGCAGAGUUUCUGCUAAGGAGAAGUACUAUGUCUGGCUGCAGCAUACUCUGAGAAAGAAACUUAUCCUAUCUUACACAUGAAAAUCCAACACCCUUUUUUAGCCCUUUCUAGAGAGAGAAUGGUUUCCAGGCACGUGUGUAUGUGGAUGAUAUGGUGGAAAUGACCCUCGUCCUUGAGGAAUGCUUGAGUGGAAAUCAUGUUUGAACUAUAGCCUCCAAGGUGAAGGUAUUGGUGUCUAUUUCUAAAAUAGCAGGCCAGGUCAGGCUUGGGGAGGAAAAGGUUUUGAAAGUUUAAAAAUCUCAGGAGUGUGUUACUCGAUUAACAGAACUAACAAUUGAGUAAACCAGAGCUACAGAAAUAAGCAUCUAGUAUGCUUGCAAUUAGCCUGUUGGUAUCCAUUUCCCAUAUAGAAAAGUAAAAUGAAAAUACAGAGCACUGAAAUCAGAACAUAACAAGCCCUUAUAAUCUUACAUUAUAAACAACUACAGUUAACCAAAACCUUAUGUAUUGUCUUACAGAAUUUUUUCUAUACACAAGAUCUGAAUAUAAAAUGGGGUCUAUGUCCAUUUGGGCAGCUAAUAACAAAUUACUAUAGACUGAGUAGCUUAAACAACAAACAUCUAUUUCUCAUAGUUCUGGAGGCUGGGAAGUCCAAGAUCAAGGUGCCAGCAGAUCUGGUGACUGGUGAGAGCCCAUGUCCAGGUUUACAGAUGGCUGUCUUCUUGUUGUGUCCUCACAUGGCAGACAGCAGACAUAGGAGAAGCAAGCUCUUUUGUGUCUCUUCUUAAUUCUAUUCAUGAGGGGCCCACCCUCAUGAUCUAAUUACCUCCCAAAGGCCCCACCUCUUGAUACUAUUACGUUGGAGAUUAGGAUAGCAACAUUUGAAUUUUAGGAGGACAUAAACAUUCAAUUUGUAACAGUGACCUUAUGAUCCAGAAUUUGUCCAUUUGUUGAGGGACUCGUGGCAUUUUAUACCUUUUUUCCUCCAAUUUGAUGGCCUGAUGUGUAAAAAGAGCAUUGUUUAAAAUAUCA